GGAGGAGCUUGUGGGGUGUGGGACUCCAGACAAAGGAGACAUAUACUCACUGAUACUGGACCCCUGGAGCAAAAAGAGAGGCACAGGAGACGAUCCUCAACUCCUGGAUGCCUUUUUUGUGUUUUGGAAAACGUUGCUUUCGGUGUUUGUCAGCUGUAUGGAUUCCUUUGUGAGAGUCGGGAUGUUUGUGCUGCAGCAGUCGUUGCCAUAUGCUGUCUGUAGCGUCUAGAAGUGUGUGGGUUAGUAUGUUUGAGAUGGAAAAGUGGGGCUGGCACAACCAACACCUCUUCUCUUAGCUUUACGCCAUGGGGGGUUGCCAUAGCUACCCCUCAGCUACGAAAAUAGACACUCAGACUCUUAAGCUUUCUGACAGCAGCAGAGAAAAACUGGGAAUUAAUAACAAUAACCUGGAGGAGCGUCCGUAUCUGCAGCAGCAGUUUGUGUGCCAGCAGAUCCCACACACAGACAUGUUAUCCCUCACCGUACUGCCGCCUGGCGUCGACCAGGCCGAGUGGCUGGCCAGCAACACUGUGGCAUUUUUCAAGCAUAUAAACCUUUUCUCCAGUGCACUGUCUGAGUUCUGCACUCCCAGCUCCUGCCCAACUGCCUGCGGACCAGACAACACGGUUUAUGUUUGGACCGAUGACCACGGCAGAAAGCUGAAGUGCUCUGCACCACUUUACUUUGACUAUGCCAUGUCAUACAUUCAAGAGCUCCUGACUGAUGAGGAUGUGUUCCCCACUCAAACAGGUUCAGUGUUUCCAGCCGGCUUCGUCUUUCUGGUCCAGAAGGUGUUUUUGCUGUUUUUCAGAACUCUGGCUCACAUUUACUGGUGUCAUUAUAGAGAGACACUGGCGCUGGGCCUGCACCCACACCUCAACACACUCUUUGCACACCUCACGCUUUUCUGCCAGCAGCAUGCCCUGUUGGAGCCGGAGGACACUGAGCCAAUGCAGGACCUCAUCACAGCUCUGGGGCAGCAGAGCUAAACCUAAAGAGCAAACAGACAUUUUCAUCACACACCUACAUACUUGAUAUAUCUUGUUACAAAGCUGCAUGGUGUCUCUCACAACUCUGGGCCAAACUCAAACUUCACAGUAUAGAUUUUUAUUUUUAUUUUAUUGUUUUUAAGUGUGUAAGUUUAAAAUAGAUAUUGAAAUACUGUUAAUGAACAGUAUUUGGGAGAAUGAAGGAGUCGGUUCUGCUUAAAAAAAAUCUAAAUCUGCAUGUCAGACCAGAAAAAAAGAGUAUCUUGCUGCAGUUGUAUAUAUAUGUAGUCAGCUAUCGUGAUACUGUGUGACUCUGUGAUAUUACAUUUUACUGUAUUUUAACAUGUUGCAUUAUUAUAUUUUGUUCAGGUUAAGAUCUUCAAGGCCAUUCAUGUCUUCCUCAUAGGUGUUAACGCAGUAACACAAAACAACAAAUCGUCCAUUCCACAGUCAAUUUAAACAAAAUGUGGAAUCCUUACAUUUUUUACUUUUGCAAAAAUACAUCAGGGUGACGUGUUUAUACAAAUGUGAUUACAUUAACGUGGCUGUAUCUAUGUGGAAUGACAGCCUAUCUCCAAAUCUGCAUUAUGUAAAGUUCUGUGCUCUGUACUAAACUUUUAUGACAGACCAUUUGCUGUAUGAAUGUGUAUAUAUCUAUCAAAUAACAACAUUUACUUUGAUGUGCUGCAACUAUCGCAUGUGUUUUUUAUCUCGGUCUGGCAGUAACUGCUGGUGCUGUAAAUUCAGCAUGUCUUUGGUUUGAGAGCAGCACCACCUGCUGCCAGCACAGGACAGCUGCAUCUAUCAUCUGUUUUAACCUUAACUGACAGCUAUAGCACAGUCUGUAGGCAUGGUGCUGGGUGUAUUGGCUGCAGCCUAUUGGAUUUGAAAUAAAACAAUAUCAAUCCAGGUAAAGUGA